AUGGUCGGCAACAUGUUCGCCAACGCUGCAAGGAUGCGUGGCAGCAAGAGCAAAAAGUCGGCCGGAGCUGCCAGUGCCGGUGCCGGUGCCGGUGGCGGCAAGGGCAAGGGCAAGGGCAAGGGCAAGGGCAAGGGCAAGGGUGGACGGGCGUCGACCGACUCGGACGAGUACGAGUAUGCCUACGAGUCGGACGAGUCGGAUGAGUACGAGGCCGAGUCGCACGAGUACGAGUCGGACGUGUACGAGGCCGAGUCGGACGACGAGCUGUCGAGCGCGGGCUCGUCCGAGGGCAAGAAGCCGGCCAGCAAGUCGGGCAAGCGCGGCCGGAAGGGCUUUGGUGCCGGCAACAAGAGCGGAAGCAAGGCCGGGAGCAAGGCCGGCUCCGGUCGCAAGCGGAGUAGCUCGGGCGGAUCGAAUCCGUGGAUCAAGUCGGGCGGCGGGAUCAGGACGCUGAACAGGGAGGGCUACUCGGACGGGUCGGACAUGACCGACUCGGAGUCGAUGGGUGUGGCCAAGAACCCGUCUUUCACCGGCCUAUAUCUCUGUGCGGUGCUGUUCCUCAACCUGAUGGGCAUUGCCGCCGUCGCCGCCGCCAUUUACUACAUGGAACCGCUGCCGUAUGUUGUCGGCCUCGGCAUCGUCCUCGUCAUCACCAUGUUUGUCAUGCUGCGGAGCAAGACCGUUCGCUCGUUUGGCACCAAGAUGACAACCACCGAGGGCGAGGCCCGUCUCGAGGCCUGCACCGCCAUGCCCGCAUACCUGGUUGUCAUCGCUGAGGCCUACCACUACGUCACCGUCCAGGUCAAGACCUCGAAGGGGACCAAGACCAAGCGCAAGAAGGUGACGACGUGGCGCGGUCGUGAGGAGAUCAUUCCCGACGACGUCAUCGACUGCAGCCAGCAAGUCUCGCUCCAGCGCUACGUCCGCGCCGCCGUCGAGAUCGAGUUCAACUACGCCAUGGCCAACUCCAAGUCGGACGAGCUGUGGGAGGAGUGGCUCGGCGAUUACAUCGACACCCACGACAACGACGACCACUUCAACAUCUCCGUCACCCUCACUGUGCCCGGCAUCGGCUCCUCGGUUAGGCACCGCAAGCACAAUUUGAUGCUCGUCCCGUGCGACUUUGUCGUCUCCUCUUCGGGCUCCUCCUGCUGCCUCUCCUAUCCGUGGGCCAUCAUCUCCACCCUCCUCCUCUUCUCUUUCCCCUACCUCGCCUGGGUCGAGCGGAGCACGCCGCGCGAGACCUUCUUCCUCCGCAAAAAGCUCAAGUUUGUCGACAACGUCAUCAUCGCCCGCGGCCGCGACGUGCGGGACGUCAACGCCGAGGCUGUCGAGCACAUCAACGAGACCCUUGUCGACCUUGCCCACGCCUCCACCGUAGCCGGCCCGGACGACGAGGACACCGACUCGGAUGCCGACUACGACGACUACGGCGAGGUUAUCGUCUGAGCUCAGCCGUACACCGCGCACACUCAUCCGCGUGACAAACACACACCCCAGUCUU